GAGAUAGCAGUUUCCAAGCGUGGAUAUGUUUUGGAAACAUAAAAUGAACCCUGAAGGGUUUUGAAAAGUAAAUAUUGCCCCACAAAUUUCAGUUUAGAUUGACUGAGAAAAAUCUAUAUUAAACAAUACUUUAAUGAUCUGGCAGCUCGAUUAAGUCGCUUGACGUAACGUUUGUUCUCUGCGUGGGGUCAGACCCUAACCUUUUAUUAUGUUUCAUGUAUACAAUAUACUGUAUAUAAGAAGGUAUAUACACAGAUGUUCCAGUGAAUGUACGGCUGUAAACAUUUGUUACACAGCAAUGGAAAAGUCUUCGAAAUGUAAAAUAUAUAUGAACCCUGCAUUUAAAUAACCGUCUGUUGUGGCCGGGUACAUUUUUCAGUCCAAUAAUGUUUUGAUUUUCUUUGCUUCCCUAAUUAGUGCAGUAACGUGUUGCUAAAAAUACAUUCGUCCCUGCUGACCUUCAGAAGUGCGGAAUUGUACUGGUUCUGGAUCAGUUUGCAGUCAUUUCAUCCCUAUGGUUUUAAUUUGGGAGCAGAAAAGAAAUCUGGUCCACGGUCAGCUGAGCCCGCCCACUCCCACGAGUGCCCCCCCGCCGAAGCACGCAUCCCUGUUGGUACGUGUCACCAUGGCAACAGUGCACCUCUAGGACAUCCUCCGCUCCUUGUUUUUCAGCCGUUAUUAGCGAGCUAAAGAGUCACAGUGUUAACUACUAACACGGCAACUAUUCAUGUAACGGUAGUAACGUUAUAUAGUCUGAGUUGAACUUUGAAGAAAGAAGAUGUCGGAUAUAUUGUGCAGGUGGCUGAACGAGGAGCUCCGGCUGUCGAAAGCUGUUGACCCAAAGACCUUUGCCAGGGAUUUCUCCAGUGGUUACCUGAUUGGGGAGGUUCUGCACAGAUAUCAGUUGCAGAAUGAUUUCAGUAUGUUUAUGAAGAAAGACACCUCCAUCUCCAGACUGAAUAAUUGUACCCGUGUUGAGCCUACUCUCCGGUUGCUGGGGAUCUCCUUCGACAUAGACACAGCACAGGAACUGAUGCAGGAGAAGCCAGGUGUUGCCACACGCCUCCUCUACCAACUGUACGUUUCGCUCGAAAAGAAGAAGACAGCAGAAAUCAGCGGCACGUUGAUGGACAUCCUGCAGCCUGCAGUCAAUGUUGGCCUUCACGAAAAAGAGCAUGAGAUCUACUCUGAUCGACUGCAUCAAGCGGUAAAACAUGAAGCAGAGCUGAAGCUACAGAAAAUCUCUCGGCACUAUGAGGAGAAAAGCCAGCAACUGAAAGACAGGCUUGUUGAGACCCAUUCCAUCCAGCAAAGGAGACAACUCAGAGUCCAGGAUGAGAAGAGACUGAAGAAUAUUGAGACGCUGCGGGUGUGUCGUCAGAAGCACAAUGACGUCAUGACUUGUAACCAGGCCACCAUUGUCCAGGUGCCCAAGCCACCUCCCUACACUUCACAGCUCAACCUAAAGAGGAGGCAACAGCAGCAGCGCAGAGAACAACAAGUGCAGACAGUCCAGACUGAAAUAACCCAGUUUGAGACGAGGAAGAGACUGGUUACUUAUGGUUUUGCUUCCUCUUCAAGUGGUCAGCCGUCCUCUGGGGGUUUCCCCAUCGGUGGCAUCAGCCAGGGCUUUGAGGUCCCUGGAAGUGGAGCCAAGCUGACAUUACAAUCUAACAGCAAGUAUAUACAGGAUAUCCGGCAGAGGCUGGAGGAGAAUGCAGUAGCUCGCGUGCAGAGAGAGAAAAGACGAGACAGAUUCCUGAUCGAGCAGGUCAAGGCCCAUGAAGCUCAAGAGGAGGCACAGCGGGAGGAGCAGCUGGUGAAGCGUCUGACGCGUCAGACUCAGCAGGAGCAGCGAUUGGCGACCCAGCUCCUCCAGAUUCGCGUGCAGAAGGACGUGAUCCGGAAGAACCGCCUGUUCAGAGAGCAGCAGUACCAGCAGCGGAGAGAGAGGGACUUCCAGGAAGCUCUGGAGAGGGAGGCGGCUCUGGCUCAGCAGGCUAAGUUGGACCGUGCCGAGGAGAUCAGAAAGGAGCUUCAAUUCUGUAACAGGAUUGCUGCUGAGCGAGCUCAGGGCAGAUACAAGAAGCACUUUCAGACCUGCAAGGACAUUUUGGAGCAGAUAGUGGACUUGGCCACCAAGGUUGGAGAAUAUCGACUGCACACUGGGAAUCUGAUUCCAGAGAAGCCGAUGAGAGAGUGGAAGGAACUGCUGUUCAGUGGCCUGCCUCUCUAUGAGCCGAUAAAGUGCCAGCAGCCAGGGUUUGAGUCCUCUGCCCCACUAGACCCCGUAGAGCUUGAGAAGCAGGAGAUACUCAAAAACCAGGACUAUGAUGAAUACACUAACAUGGUAGGUGAGUGGGCGUGGCCAGAGGAAGCAGGCGAGACCAAAUUGCCCCUGACCAACAACAACAUCCUUGGACACGUAGUCCUGCGACUGAGGAACAUUGUUCAUCAACCCGCCGUGGAACCCUCCCUGCCCCCAUUUCCUCACUAUACCAUCAAGGCCUGUGUCCUGGGCAAGUUUUGCUCUGGGAAGACCACCUGCCUGGCCAAGCUUGCUGAAGCCCAUGACAUCUACGUCUUAUCAGCUGACUCACUGAUCGAGAAGGCGCUGAAUGCUCACUACAAUGGAGAGGAGGUUAGUCAGGUACAGGUCCCAGAGCAGCAGGAAGAGAAAGACGGCGAACUACUGCUCACAUCCUCCACAUCACCGACGCCUGAUCUUGACACUCAAGAGGAAAGCAGAGACAGCAUUGUAAGACUGUCUACCCGGGCCAUGCAGGGAGCAGCUGCAGAAAAAGAGCUGAGGAAAGGCAACGCCAUCCCUAAUGAGCUGUUAGUGGACAUCAUGGUAGAGGCUAUCAGGCAGGUUCCAGCUCAGUCAGGUUGGAUCCUGGAUGGCUUUCCAGUGGACAUCACCCAGGCCUACCUGCUAGAGAAAGCCCUGGGCGGGUCUGUAGAUGAAGGGAACGACGCUGUAAGCAGCAGGACAGAGCUCGUUGCUGAUCCUAAUCCACCCAAACCUGCACCCCCCCCACCUCCUGUACUGGAUCUGGCUCUGCUGCUGGAUGUCCCUGAUGAAUGUGUGGUCGGACGUCCGUUCAGUCAGACGGAAAUGGAUAAUGCUGCUGCUACAACCUCCCAUCCCACAGACAAGAACUUGUAUCUGGCACAGAUUCCACACAGGAUCACAGCAUUUCAGGACACCUGGCCAAAACUAGAGAAAUGGUUUGGAGGAAGGCAAAACAUUUUGGUCUGUGUUGACGCAGAUGUGGAUGAGGAGGAGCUUCACAAAAGGGUGGAGUCCGUCCUGCAGCGGGUUAUGAUGCAAACACAGGAAGCUUUUGCCGCUCUUCCUGGUGACGAUGUGGUGUUGGACAGUGGGAAAGAUCCGGACUCCUCCUUUUCAGCUCCACCUCCACCUGAAGACCAACCUCAGGGCCUCACAAACGAAGCGCACGACGACGCAGAGUCCGAUUUCAGCCUGAACAAAGAAAAAGCCCAAAUGCUAUCUAGGAAGGUGUCAACUCCCUCAGUGACCAAUGAGGACUCUCAGGGAGUCCCCGAGAACCCACCGGAGUCGGCCUCUCCCUGCCCAGGUUCAUCCAGCUGGGUCUAUGUGGAUGAACCCCUUUCUCCGGAGCUGCCAGAGUCCUUGUUUUCCCAUUGGGACACGGUGUGCGAUUCGUACGUGAACAACGUAAAGCCGGUGAUGCAUCAGCUGCGCUCACAACAAUCUGUUAUUAACCUUCACCUAUUCAACAUCAGAGAGGAGUACAAGCAGUACCUGGGGCGUCCAGAAUUAAAGCAGGAGUUAGUGUCUCAUUGGCAGAAGGACUUCAACAGCAUACCUGAUGACAUGAGAGAAGACGAGGAUACCAAAGCAGAGCUACAGCUGAGGCUGGAUGAACUGCGCGAACGUCUGUGGGACAUUAGUGACAAGCGUAAGGAGGAGGACGAGAAAGAGAGCGCUAAUCUCAUGGGUGACGGCUGGUUGGAGGAACACACUGCCGUCCUCGUCAACCACCACUCUGUACUCUUGCAGGUAGAGUUGGACCGUUUCCAGGACACACUCUGUAUUCUCAGGGUCUAUUAUUUGAGCAUGUACACACAGGUGCUACCUGAGCUUCCCUCCAAGUUGGAUUGUAUCUCUCUACUGGACCACACAGAAGUUCAGCACCAGGACGAGAGCACUGAGCCAGCGGGCAGAAGUGUGAAUGACAGUCAGAUGAAUGACGGAGAGGACAAGAAGAAAACUAAACUGCAUCCUGACUCCAAGACGAAAAUCCAGGUUGAGCCAGAAUCAGUCAAGCCACCCCAUGAGAAACUGAUCUCCAACUAUGAGGAGGCACUCACAGCAAUCAGCCAAUUGGUGUCAGCAGAAGCCCACCAGGGGGAGAUGCAAGAGCAGAAGGAGAAGGACAGGAAUCAAGAAGUCAUAAACAGAAUACAUAAAGAAUAUGCAGCUGCACUGGAUCAUGAGGAGAAUGCAGCAAAGGCGCGCAUUGCGCUGGUGAAAGCUCAUGGUCUGGUGAUGGUGCAGUCCCUGCAGAGCAGAGCAGAACAGACAUUAAGCGACAUGGAGAAGUGGUUAGAAGCACACUAUCUUGCAGGAAUGAAGAGUAUUGACCAACUGGCAGAAGUGGUCGGCCACCACAUAGGCGCUGGUGCUGAGUUGCAGAACGAGCUGGUGUUGCAAUGUACUGACUUCUACUUGAAUGGAGACUGCCACAUGGUGGCCAGCCCGGCUCUGCCUUCCCGUCCACCUCCUCUGGAGAAACCCACAAGGUCCACGCCGACCAUCACUCAGCUAGAGUCGCUGCAGCGACAGCUAUGCGACUUCGCUCCAUCAGGCCUUAUGUCCAGUGCUGAUUUCUUUAGUUUGCUCAUGGAUAUCAUCUCUGUAAACAUGGGCAGAAACAUCUUGCCUGAGCUCUGGAUUAACAACAAUGAAGCACAGUUGUUGGAAGUUGUAUCCCUCCUGACCGACGCCUAUGAGUUGAUAGACUGGCGUCAGUUUCUGCUCAGUGCUGCCCUCCCUUGGCCGCUUCCCUCCUUAUCACAGCUGCUAGUCGUGCUGCAACAUUUCAAGGCAGCAGAUACUGGCGACACAGGCUAUGUUAACGAGGAACAGUACCUACAGACAGAAUUGUGGUUUUCCAAUGAUAGUGUCCAGCCCGUCCCAGAGGACCCCUCUGAGCCUCCUCCUUAUGACCGUCUGGCUAACCUACGCAAGUUCUUUUUCCAGUUGUUUGCGGACCGCUCUUUCUCUCCCCCCCGACUGGAUUACGUUUGCAUGCUGCAGUACUUUGCGGCCGACCCUAACCCCAGACAGGGCUUCAUCAGAGCACUUAGUGUUGUGCUGGGACAGCAUCUCAAGUACUCCUCCCCGGACCACCUUGUCAAGUCUAUGGCCAGCAUAGAAGAGGCUGCCGAGCUCAGCGCCUCAGAACUCGAUGGAGACUACAAGGAAGAAGACACUCCGUGCGCAUCAAGCGGUUCGUUGUGGGAGACGGAGGUGUCCAUCCCUGCUCUCCUUGCUGUCAUCUGCCACAAAGUCACCACGAUGAGAGACGGCAGCCCUCUUCCUCCAGGCUGCCUGAGUCAGGAGGAGCACACUGAGCAACUGGUGCGUGUGUUCAGAGAGCUGGACUACAAGCCUGACGACUGCGCCCCCUUCUCCGUUCUAUCUCAGCAUCCUUUCAUCCAGCACCUGAUGGAGACCUCAACACACUACCAGUUUGUAGUCCGAGGCUCUCGGACCUCUCAGUGUCUGACUUGUAGAGAAAACAGAGCUGCUCACAUGUGCCACAUAGACAGACUCAUACUCGCAGACUUUGCAUCCAAAGCCUCCUGAAUGAUAAGGAAUAAAUCCGCGCCUUAAUGUCGGAGCUUUUACGUUUGAGGCGUGAAAAAGCAUACUGGAUACAUUCUAGGUACAUUGAACAAGGAUUUUGUUUUUUUCCCCCCCGUGUCGACAUGACACUGCAAACUGUAUGAAGGAGUCUUCGUGGCUCAAACGGACACAAGAUCAAAAAGAAGACUUUCAGGAUUGUUGUGGUGCACUGAAAAGAGGAUUUUAUCAAGAAUGUUUCAUUUUCUCAGUUUUACGUUGGUAAUCCCGCGUUUUCUUUCCUGCUAAUAUCUUGUGGGAUAUUCUUCAUUUGUCUGGAUACAACUCCAGCACCAGUUACUCCCUGGAUUCAACUUUGUCACUGUAUUAGUGAGUUAAAAGGGCAAACUUUCUCUUUACAAGGAAUCCAGUUCACGCAGCAAGGUUUUCAUUCCAGUUUAUUUUGGAAUUGGAAGACUAUUUUCGGAGGACUUUGGCU